AUGAAACAGAUAGAAACCAAACCAGUCCGUUACUAUUUUCAAAGGACAGAAGUGAAACGAAACACUAUCAAUAAAGACUCAAGGGAGUUUAUUUGGGACAAUAUGUUCAACAUCCGCCCAAGUACUCUGGUCUUAGGGUUGAUCUCACAAGAAAGCGGAAAUGGAACGUACGAUACUAACCCUUUCUGUUUCAACCAUUACAAUGCAACUGAUGUAGGACUGUACGUUAACGGAGAGAGCGUUCCAGCGAGACCGUUAAAACUUGACUUUGGGGAUAAUAGACAGUAUGCAACGGCAUACGCUAAUCUAUUUGAGGUCUGUGAAAAAAUGAAUAGAGACGCAGGACUCACCAUUACUAGAGAAGACUAUGGAAAAGGGUACACCUUGUAUGCUUUUCCAUUGGACCCGAAAGGACUUGGAGAUGACUAUAUAAACUUGGUGAAGCAUGGGAACGUGAGAGCUGAAAUAAAAUUCAAGACGGGACUACCCUCUGCUGUCACGUGCAUAGCGUUUGGAGUAUUCGAUUCAUUUCUAGAGAUAGACCAUUCCCGAAACGUUCGCUAUAUACAGUCAUGA